GUUGGUGUGGUUAAACCCUAGCCCAAGAAGAGAAAGAGAAUCAUGCUGUAUAUAUACAACACAAAGAGCGAAAACUAGGGUUUGUUGUGUCGCAUCGACGAGCAGCAACAAUGUCGAAGCGAGGUCGCGGUGGUUCGGCGGGUAACAAGUUCAGGAUGUCACUGGGUCUUCCGGUGGCGGCGACGGUGAACUGCGCCGACAACACGGGAGCGAAGAACCUGUACAUCAUUUCAGUGAAAGGGAUCAAGGGAAGGCUGAACCGUUUGCCUUCUGCUUGCGUCGGUGACAUGGUGAUGGCGACUGUCAAGAAGGGAAAGCCUGAUCUGCGUAAGAAGGUGCUUCCUGCUGUCAUCGUUCGUCAGCGCAAGCCUUGGCGCCGAAAGGACGGUGUUUUCAUGUAUUUCGAAGAUAAUGCUGGUGUAAUUGUGAAUCCAAAGGGUGAAAUGAAAGGUUCUGCUAUCACUGGUCCAAUUGGAAAGGAGUGUGCAGAUCUGUGGCCUAGGAUUGCAAGUGCUGCAAAUGCUAUUGUUUAGUUUGGAUUUCUAGUAUUUAUUUGACAAUGUUUUGGCUUUUUUCUUUAAAUUGUCUCGGAUAUUUCUAGGAUUAAUCGUAUUCCAAAGUUACAGAUUUUGAGUUUUGAAGAAAUUGUUGGUUAUAAGAUUUGUUUCUAGUUA